AUGAGAGACGAACGCAAUGCACUGGCUAAGCAAGUCGCAGAGUUGGCGGGGAAGGAGUACAAGCCCAAGAACUUUGAGCGCGAGCUGGAGGAUCUGGGUAUUGUUGAGAAAGAUGGAGAUUUUGGCGAAGAGGAAAAGUUGCUGUUGGACAUGAAGGUUCAGGAGGAGGGGAAGGUGAAGCAGAUUGUUAUAAUGUAG